CGCGGCUUAUGCUCUGAGCAGCAUGUGACACUAUCAGCCAAUGGGGAUACAGUAUUUGAAUAUUCAAAGUCCAAAGCACCUAGAAUCAGCCAAGAUCUCCAAUUUAAGCUUCUAUAUCUUGUCCAAAAGAAACAGCCAUGGCCCUCAGAAGUACUGUCCAGACCACCAACACUACAAGGAGCGACUAUGGAACUAGAUUCCCCACUGCCAAGAGCUUCUAUGACAAAGUGAAGCCUCGGGCCGCCUUAGGGAGUCUGAACAAUGCCAAACUCACCAAAGAGCAUCCAGAGAAAGCUAUGAAGAGCAAGGUCCCUGUUCUAAGGCCUGUCAAGAUGGUAGCAGCUCCCCCUGAAGAUAUGGAUGUGGCCACUAAAGUUAUGAAGAGCAAGGUCCCUGUUCUAAGGCCUGUCAAGAUGGUAGCAGCUCCCCCUGAAGAUAUGGAUGUGGCCACUAAAGCUAUGAAGAGCAAGGUCCCUGUUCUAAGGCCUGUUAAGAUGGUAGCAGCUCCCCCUGAAGAUAUGGAUGUGGCCACUAAAGCUAUGAAGAGCAAGGUCCCUGUUCUAAAGCCUGUCAAGAUGGUAGAGCAUGUGCCAGCUCCUCCUGAAGAUAUGGAUGUGGCCACUGUUACACAACAGCUCUCAGACAUGCUGCACAUUAAAGACAUUGAUUUGGCAGAUGCAGACAACCCUCAACUGUGCACGGAGUAUGCCAAAGAUAUAUUUCUGUACAUGAGAGAACUAGAGAGGAAGUUCCACGUGUCUCCAACGUACUUGAGGUCUCAGACACAACUUAACUCAAAGAUGAGAGCUAUUCUAGUAGACUGGCUGGUUCAAGUACAUCUCAAGUUCACCCUCCUCCAAGAAACGCUCUAUUUAACUGUUUCCAUUGUCGACAGAUAUCUUUCAACACAUCAAGUGGCCAAGGCCAACCUUCAGCUGGUUGGUGUGACUGCCAUGCUGCUUGCCAGCAAGUAUGAGGAGAUGUAUGCUCCAGAAGUGAGGGACUUUGUCUACAUCACCGACGAGACAUACACUGGAGCAGCAAUACUCAAACUAGAGAUGAAGAUGCUCAAGGAGCUUGACUACAGUUUAGGGAACCCUCUUCCCAUUCACUUCCUCAGGCGCUACUCUAGGGCUGGAGAGACUACUCCAGAGAUACACACAAUGGCAAAGUUCCUAAUAGAGCUGUGUCUACCUUCCUACCCUAUGCUAGAUUUCUAUCCUUCAUUAUUGGCAGCUGGAGCUCUCUACCUGGCCAUGUGUCUCUGUGGGAGUGGAGAGUGGACGCCAUCUCUUGUCUUCUACUCUACAUAUUGUGAAGAACAACUCAUUCCCUGUGUCAAACAAAUGGCUAGGAUAGUUGUUGCCAUGCCAACCUCCAAGCAGCAAGCCAUCAGAAAGAAGUACUCAGAUGUGAAGUUCCUAGAAGUAGCAAAAUCAGAGUCUCUCAAAGGAACCACUGUCAGAACUUUGGCAUCCUAAUCCCACUAACUGAUCUACUAGCUCAAUACAGAGUAUUGUACUUGUUUACUUGUGUAUUUUGGUGCUUUUGCUAACAUUUAUAUACAUGGUUUCACUUUUUUGGA